UUCUUUGGAUAAAGAAAUGAGAUUGGUGGAACUUCAAGAAAACGGGAACGGAGAUGGACUCUCUAACCUUCCCUUGGGAGCUAAAAACAAAUACAGGAGUAUGGAUUCGGAGCUCCCAGACGACGAAGACCCCUCGCAUCAUCCUCAUCAACAGGUUGGCAGCAACAGUACGAAGAAAUACGUUUUCACUUGUGCUAUCUUCGCCUGUCUCAACUCCGUGCUUCCCGGCUACGAUGUGGGUGUUAUGAGUGGAGCUAUUCUAUUCAUUCAGGAAGAUCUGAAGAUAACAGAGGUGCAGGAAGAAGUUCUUGUUGGUUGCUUGAGCAUCAUCUCACUUUUAGGCAGUUUAGCUGGUGGUAAAACCUCAGACACCAUUGGUAGAAAAUGGACAAUGGCUUUAGCAUCGAUUAUAUUUCAAACAGGUGCAGCUAUAAUGGCGGUUUCUCCUUCUUUCCAAAUACUGAUGAUAGGAAGACUCUUUGCUGGGGUAGGGAUUGGUUUUGGAGUCAUGAUUGCCCCUAUUUACAUUGCUGAGAUAUCACCCACCAUUGACAGAGGAUCUUUCACUUCUUUGCCUGAGAUUUUCAUCAACUUUGGAAUCCUUCUCGGAUACAUCUCAAACUAUGCAUUUUCAGGUCUUUCGCCGGACAUAAACUGGAGAAUAAUGCUUGCAGUUGGAAUCCUACCAUCAAUCUUUAUUGGGUUUGCUCUGUUCAUCAUACCUGAGUCACCCAGGUGGUUGGUGAUGCAGAACCGUGUUGAAGAAGCAAGAUUGGUCCUGCUGAAGACAAUCGAUAAUGAGAGAGAGGUUGAACAGAGACUUGAAGAGAUACAGCAAGCAGCUGGGACUGCUAUUGCAAAGAAGUAUGAAGAGAAAGCUAUAUGGCGUGAACUCUUAAGCCCUUCUCAUGCAGUUCGUCGCAUGCUGAUAACUGGGAUUGGAAUUCAAUGUUUACAGCAGAUCACAGGUAUGGAUGCAACUGUAUAUUACAGCCCCACAAUCUUCAAAGAAGCUGGAAUUGAGGACAAGAGUAUGCUGCUUGCUUCGACUGUUGCUGUUGGAUUUGCCAAGACUAUUUUCAUUUUGGUUGCCAUUGUACACAUUGACAGAGUGGGAAGAAAACCACUGCUAUACGUGAGCACAAUCGGAAUGACUAUGUGUUUGUUGGGAUUAAGCCUUACUCUUUCUUUACUGAGGGAUGGAGCAGCCAUUCCACUGUCAAUUUUGGCUGUUUGUGGGAAUGUUGCUUUCUUCUCAAUAGGAAUUGGUCCAGUUUGCUGGGUCGUGACAUCUGAAAUCUUCCCUCUCAAAUUACGUGCUCAGGCAGCAGCAAUUGGAGCUGUGGCAAAUAGGGUGAGCAGCGGCCUAAUUGCCAUGUCCUUCCUGUCCAUUUCUCGUGCCAUUACAAUGGCAGGAACCUUCUUCAUCUUUUUCCUGAUUUCGGCUCUCUCCAUUGCCUUUGUUUAUGUUUUUGUUCCUCAAACAAAGGGGAAGUCUUUGGAGCAGAUUGAGUUGCUUUAUCAGAAUAUGGAAGGAUGGCAAGGUAGUAAGGUUGAGCUUGGAGAUGUGGAGCAUCUAGUGCAAAAACAAUGACUGGCUUGUAAGCCAGUUUGAUGAACCAAAACUCUUCCAACAUGUCUUCCAACUUUACAACUAGCUUGAAGGAAGAUAGGGAGGCUUCUCAUGUUUCAGUUAGAAAUCUUGCUGAUUUUCCACGGUAUAGGAUUUCUAGUUGAAACCACGCUGUCGUACAUGAGUUAUGCAGCUACAAGAACUCCUGUUUUAAAAUCCAUUCAAACAAGAGGAACAAUUAUCUGUUACCAGAAUUGCAUUCUUCUUUGUUCAGAAGCCUUCCUAAACUUAUUGAGAGCCUGAUGUAUACAGCCCCUCCUAUAAUCAUAUACCUGAGAAACUAUUAGAAAUUGGUUUUAGCUCUUAGAAUGCA